GACAGGGAUAAAAGUGAAAUUUCAGUGCAACUACGGAAAAUUGUUUUGAUACACGAAAAAACAAUAAACUGCCCUCGUCAAGUUUUUAUUAUCCACUGUCUAUGAUUUUAAGAAAAGUGCAUUUUACAUUUAAUCUAUUUUCAAAUAGAUAUCAUUUUAGAGCUUUGUUAUUGCUCUUGAAUUAGGGCUGCUGCAGCAAACCGCGGCAGCAGCUUAGCGGGAUUGAUUAGUUAAUUUGCUAAAGGAGGCUGUUCAGAAGAGAGGCGAUAUCAUUGUGAUGAAAUGGUGUCAAUACAUUAAGCUGAAAGAUUUGGUGUGAGGCAUAAGGCCGAAAACUUGGUGGGAAACCAAAGUAAGACAGCUAUAUUAACCAGAAGCGAUUUCGGGAACGGCCUUGCCCCGCCCUAUAUACACAAGAUGGGUGGUGACGCAGCGAUUCGUCGUAGCGCUACACUUGCAUCUACGCACAAUGAGAUGGGUACAAUGGCACACUUGAUGGAAGGACAACGCGAUACUGAGGCAUACCGUACAAGUAGACAGGGAAGUGGACUAUUGUCGUCAAGAUUUGCUUGCCUUCGUUGUUGUGGAAAUGUUCUAUCAUACCUUGUACGUUUACGCAACACACCAGAAGAGUUGGAACAGAGAUAUAAAUCUCGGGAAAUCGACAAGUUUUUGGAGAAGGAGAAGCACACCUUCCGCCGACAGGUGAAACUAUUGCUUUUGGGGGCUGGCGAAUCAGGAAAAUCUACUUUUCUCAAACAAAUGCGUAUAAUACACGGAAUUAACUUUGAACCCGAACUAAUUCGCGAAUACCAAUAUGUGAUAUAUCAAAAUGUACUACGAGGAAUGCAAGUAUUGAUUGACGCACGUCAAAAACUGGAAAUCCCUUGGGAAAACAACGAAAGAGAAAACGACGCGAAUUACGCCAAAUUAAUCGAAUGCUGUAAUGUAGAAAUCGACAAUUUUAUACAGUGGGCUCCAUACAUCCGUCGACUGUGGCAAGAUCGUGGCAUAAGGCGUGCCUAUGAAAGGCGAAGAGAAUUUCAAAUUAGUGAUUCUGUCAGUUAUUUCCUGAAUGAUAUUGACCGCCUUGCUACGUAUGACUACGUGCCGACACACAAAGAUAUUUUACACUGUCGGAAAGCAACCAAAGGAGUUUAUGAAUUUUGUGUAAAAAUACAAAACAUUCCAUUUGUGUUUGUUGAUGUUGGUGGCCAACGUACUCAACGACAAAAGUGGACCAAAUGUUUUGAUUCGUCAGUGACAUCGAUAAUUUUCUUAGUCUCCAGUUCAGAAUUUGAUCAGGUCCUUGCUGAGGAUAGAAAAACAAACCGACUGGAAGAAUCGAAAAACAUAUUCGACACAAUCGUUAACAAUAAUACGUUUAAGGGAAUAUCUAUAAUAUUGUUUUUAAACAAAACUGAUUUGCUUGAGCAAAAAGUACGCAAUCCAGAGACUGAUAUCCGCUGGUUUUAUCCUCAAUUCAGCGGAAACCCACAUUCGCUGCUCGACGUGCAGAAUUUUACUUUGCAAAUGUUUAUGAGUGUGCACAAAAGUCCACAAAGCCGCAUCUAUCACCACUUCACCACUGCCAUAGAUACUCGAAAUAUUAAAAUUGUCUUCAAUUCAGUUAAAGAUACAAUAUUACAGAGAAAUUUGAAUGCCUUGAUGUUACAAUGAAAUUGGGCAGGUAGCUAAAAAAAAGUUCUACUGAUUUCUCUCACGUCAUCGGCGUAUUUAUACAAAUAAAGUAUGAGGAAGUUAAACAAAAUCAUAUUGUUGGCAUAAUAUGGCUAAUAUCAAGAUGUAUAACAGUACCAUAUAUGCUGAGAAUAUAGUGCAUAUAUUACUGUUACAUUGAUUGAGAAAACAUAAAUCCCUACUAAAUGCAUUAAAGGUACAUUUUCCAAAAAGUGCUGCUGCAAGGGCAAAUAUGAAGAUAUCAGUGUAAAGUUUUUUAAUGUAUAUAAAUUUUUUUGCAUAUAUAUUUAUACGUUUACACCUACCGUAUAUAAGAAUGGAAUGUAUUCAUAAACUUUAUAAAUAUACUGUAUUUAUAUUUAAUUUUAUUUUUGCGUAAUGUAUAAAGAAUAUCAUCAUAUUUGUUAACAUUAAAGUGGACGAUAUUAUUCAGAAUAUAGCACAAAAUAUCAGUAUGAAGAAUAAGCAAUAAGUGCGAAUUUCGUCGCAAUUUAUACAUACAUACAUACAUGCAUAUACAAACAAAAGAAUGCACGUACAUAUAUAAAAAAGUUGACGUAACAGAUUUUACAAAUUUCUACUAACAUUUACGAAUGAAGAAAUAUAUUUUUAUAUACAUAUAUUCUUACACAGAAAAAUAUUAUCCACUCUUUAACAAAUUAACUAUUCAACCAAGGUUUAUUGUGAUCCAUGUAUUUUAUCGCUUUACGAAUCGAUCAAAUAAAUUGUCCCUUUAAUAUUUAAAAUAAAAUAAAAAACUAAGGUAUCAAAAUA